UGAAUAAACUCUCUUCUGUAACUCCUCUGCUGUCACUUCCUAAUUGGAUAUACCGCCCUGGCAGGACUAAUGGUCUUAUACAUGGAUAAACUUUAUCGAUACGAUUAAGUAUGUCAUAGGACCAUGGAAGGUAUGCGCCUUCCCCGGAAGCCAGAGAGUUUGCAGCAGUUGCGGGUGGUUGCCACUUCCCAAUUAGUUAAAUAGUUCCCUGUAUUUCAAAACACCCUGCAGCUGACUGCCUAUCUUCUCCCCCACAUUGCGCAAACUUCCCCAACCCCUCCACAUUGUCUUACCAACUGCACGCGGCCCGCUUCACUUAAUUAUAUCAAGAACAAUAGUUGUGCUUCGUUCUCACUUGAUAUACGGCUCGGAAAUCCUGUGAAAAUUGUCGCAUUCUCGAAAAAUAAUGCCAGGAAAACAAGUCCCUCGUGGUGGGAAAGGCGGUAAGGGAUUGGGAGGUAAAGAAGGACGAAAGCGCCACCGAAAGAUCCUUCGCGACAAUAUCCAAGGCGUUACUAAACCCGCAAUUAGGCGACUAGCUCGUCGUGGAGGUGUCAAGCGUAUAUCGGCACAGAUAUACGACGAGGUCCGCGCGGCGUUGAAGAAACGUCUAGAAGAGAUUAUACACGACUGUGUCGCGUAUACCGAAUACCGUCGAAGAAAAACUGUAACAAUCAACGAUGUGAUACACUCUUUGAAGCGACUAGGUCGACCGAUAUACGGGUUUGACGAUGUUACGGUCGGCCCCAGCAAGCUAACGAAAAAGUAAUUACGAAAUCGAGCUUGUAUAGUAUGGCAAUGUGAAUGAUUUAUGGGAUGGUAGUGUUGCUUUACUUGAAAUGAUCGGGAAUACAAUGUCCAAAAGGCGUACAUACGGGAUGGCUUUGGUUGCGUUUUAAAGCGCUGUUGAAAUAUUGCGGAUUUGCAAAUUCGUACGGAUACCCACUUGCUAGAACACUAUAUGCAAGUAGCUCUCGACG